GAAAAAGAGAGAAAACAGCCAAAUGCAAAUCUCAGAGAGAGAGGGAAGCGAGAGAGCGAGAGGAAAGAGAAAGAAAGUGGCUUCCCUUCGUACUGCACUCUGAUGAUCUCUCGCAGCUACGUCUUGGGGGUCAUAAGUCGCACCAGCUUUCCUAUUUCCGGACGAUCACUUCCCGCCAGAGUUGCCGGAGAGCAACCGGUUUCUUGCCCUUGCCGCGCGGGAAGAUGCUUCCGACCGUCUCAAAGGGGCGCCAGCCGUCCACCUCUCGUUCUAAUUCCAUGUUCUUCCAGUAUUUCCGCAGGAUCAUCAAGUGGCGACAAAUGGACAUUGAGUAUACUUUCUGGCAAAUGCUUCAUCUCUGCACCUCUCCGAAAGUCGUCUAUCAGCACACCAAAUACCACAAGCAAACAAAGAAUCAAUGGGCACGAGAUGAUCCGGCAUUUGUCGUUAUCAGCAUUCUCCUACUGAUAGUUGCAACUUCAGCCUACUGUUCUGCGUAUGAUACUACUGUGGCGCAUGCUGUUUUAACAGUUCUUUCAGUGUUGAUGUUUCAUUUCCUAAUAACUGGUGUAGUUUUGGCUACAAUUUGUUGGUUUCUGGCAAACACUUAUCUUCGUGAAGAAACUUUAAAUAGCCAUGUUGUAGAACAAAAGGUUGAAUGGCUCUAUGCAUUUGAUGUCCACUGCAACUCGUUCUUCCCGAUGUUCAUUUUGCUCUAUGUGAUUCAAUAUUUUGUAUCACCUCUCUUGGUUGCACACGGUUUUAUUCCUGUGCUGCUCUCCAAUUUGCUUUUCAUGGUGGCCUUCUGCUACUAUCACUAUCUUAAUUUCCUAGGUUAUGAUGUUCUUCCUUUCUUGGACAAGACUACUUUUUUCUUGUAUCCCAUUGGUGUGAUCAUCAUUCUUUCUCCUCUGAUGAUACUCAGUGGUUUCAACCCAACUAGAUACAUUUUGAGUUUCUACUUCAGUUAGGACAGCAUGAUGGAACAGAAGCAGUUGUGUUCUUGAAAACCGAGCAAUUCUUCUGCUCAACUUCUCCAAGGAAUUUUGGCAGAAUGGCAACACAGUGGUAUCUGGGCAUCCGUUUCUCUUCAGAUAUAGUGAAGCUGGACCAUUUUCUGAAGAACAUAUACAACCUCGUGUAGAAAUCAAAGUUGAGAAUUUUGGAGUACGGUUUCUUGAGAUAGAAAAGAGCGGAGGAUUGAGUAGGUUAGCUGAACACUGUAGAUUAACUAUUUUAUUCUGCUUAAAAUCAAUUCUUUGAAAGCAAAAUAUAGUUCCAGGGAUGGCAUUACGCGAGUGUUGGUCAUCAGUCCCAACCAUUUAUUGAUCAACAAUGUGAUUAAACAAACACUACUUUGUGUUCA